GGCUGUGGAUGUUAGAAGGGUUUGGUAUGACCACCCCAGCCACCGUUGGAGGCAAAAUUUUUCUGAUAUUUUACGGCCUUAUAGGAUGUGCAGGGACCAUUUUGUUCUUUAACCUGUUCCUGGAACGCUUGAUCACAGUCAUAGCUUAUGUCAUGAAGUCCUGCCACGAAAGACAGCUGAGGAGGAAAGGCGUUCUCCCUCACAACGGCCGGCGGGGCUCAGGGACAUCUGAGGUGGACAGCCUGGCGGGCUGGAAGCCCUCUGUGUACUAUGUCAUGCUGAUUUUAUGUGUAGCAUCACUCAUCAUUUCCUGCUGUGCCUCUGCAAUGUAUACACCAAUUGAAGGGUGGAGUUACUUUGACUCACUUUACUUCUGCUUCGUGGCCUUCAGCACCAUAGGUUUUGGUGACCUGGUCAGUAGCCAGAACAUCAAGUAUGAAAGCCAAGGCCUUUACCGCUUUGGCAAUUUCGUCUUCAUACUCAUGGGGGUGUGCUGCAUCUAUUCCUUAUUCAAUGUGAUCUCUAUUGUGAUCAAACAAUCCAUAAACUGGAUAUUAAAGAAGUUGUCCUGCAAGUGCUGCCACAGAUGCCAAAGAAGAUUAUUUCGUUCAAGGAGGAACGUGGUAAUGCCUGGAAAUGUGCGCAGCCAGAGAAACAUCUCCAUCGAGACUGAUGUUGUCAAUGAGAGUGACACAGAUGGACGCCGUCUGUCAGGAGAGAUGAUCUCCAUGAAAGACUUCCUGGCCUCAAAUAAAGUCUCAUUGGCCAUCAUGCAGAAACAGCUGUCAGAAACUGCUAAUGGGUAUCCAAGGCAAAUGAGCUGUAAUUCAAAGCAAAACGGAUUCUCUGGUGGGGUUGGAGCCCUGGCAAUUAUGAAUAACAGACUGGCAGAGACAAGUGUGGAUAGGUAAAAUUGUAACAGUAAUAACAGUGAAACAGUGUGAGCCAUUUCAACAAGUAUUGAAACAAUGUGAAUCAAGUGGAAGUAGCUAGAGAUAGAGUGCCACCAGAGGCUGGGAUGAAUGCGAAGGCCAUACCUCCUGAUGGAAGACCACUGACACUUUUUGGGGGCUGUCACUUAAUGUUUUUGAAUUGCACCAGUCCCAGCCUUCCUUAUUUCCCAUCCCUCUGCUUCUCAAGCAGGUCACUGCAGAAGGAAUUUAAUUUAGCCUCCAGAUCAAAUUUCCAUGUCCUGUUCUUUUCCAUUUAUGUGAAACACAGAUUUCAGGAUAAGAAAUAUGUGGGAUGGGAAGAAACCAAGUGUGUCUACUGAACACAUCCUUAAUUCAAAGGGUUUUUUUGAGUUUUCUGUCUUAUUCUCAUCAUACCUGUUUCCUGAAAGUAGUUCAUCUGAGACCAAAAGAGGAAUAAGACUUUCUCUAUGAUAUUGCAGAUCUAAUUUAAUGAAAAAUAGUAUGAAAGUUGGUAGGUAUAUUUUGGAGUUAUUGUGAUGCGAAUGAGGAGAGAAUUUUGCCCUUAGAAUUUAAUUUAGUCUUUCCUUUAAGAGGAUACUGUCAAAAGUGAUAGAAUAAAAAUUUAUCCUACUUUUGUUUUCUUCUCUUCAUUUGCAAAACAUGAUUUUUUUUCCAAGGCUACUUUUUCUUCUAGAAUCGAAUCACUGCGGCUGUUUCAAAAAUAUCAAAUUAAAUUAAAAACUGAUGCAUUUAUGAGUGGUAUGAAUUAUUCGACAGUAGCAAUCAGAGACUUUUCAACUUUCUGUUCAUAUUUGGCUCAAUUGUGACUGAAGCAAUUGAGUAUCAGCAUUGUGUAGUGCAACUAGUAACUGAGUUUACGCAACAGGCUUUAGUAUGCGAUUAGAUUGUCAUGCCAGCAUCCAGGUAUUAUUAUAGAUGACUGUGAUCACAGAAUCACUUUGGCAGUGUCCUUUUUCUCUUUCAUGUAAUUCUGUAAUUCUUCCCCUGUUUCUCUGGCUUUUGGUGAUGAUAAUGACAGGACCCUGAUUAGGGAGGUAGAAAAUGUUUAACUCCUCAUUUUUCUCAAUGAAAUGUUCUGAGUGUUCAUUACGACUAGAAAAGAAAUUUCAAUGAGAAGAGUAAUUACAGUGAGAAGAACAUGAAAACAGGAAAAGAGGUGAUCUUUAAUGACAGUGAAAUCAUCCUUUUUAAUAGGUAACUGGAGAAAUAAGGGAUCAAAUUACCAUGAAGUCUGGAAAGAAUUUAAGGCAGACUGGGCUGAAUUCCUGAUUCUCCUUUAUCCAUGCAAUGCAUUAAAGCUAAAUAGUAUAUGAGAGUGUAAAUAAGCAGAGUUGGUCACAAAGGACUGGAAAGGAAUAGUACAUGCAUUAGGACUAAAUGUUGCCUCACAGCCAGAAAGACUUUCAGAAUACUACCAUUUUAGGGAAUUUAAAACACCAUAUGCAGUUCUCAUUUUCUCUCAUACAGAACAAUGCAAAUAGCCUCUUCAGUUUAAUUUCUAUUGGGAAUUAAUAACAUAUCCUAUUUCUUCAUUCUGGCCAAAAGUUCUUUUAUUUAGGUUUCUAAUACUGUAGAAUAACAUUUUGAUACACAUUUAAAGCAAUAUUUGAAUUUGAAAACAAAAGCUUGGAAUUCUUUCAUAUAAUAAACUAACCCCAGAUAUUCAACAAAUGUAUUUAACCAGUGAAAAGAAUUGCAGUCUCUUUUGACUUUAUUAGAGGUAAAAUCCUGAUUUAAAGUAAAAUCCUACUGUCCUUAGUUACAAGGAAAGCUUAAAGCUGAAGUCAUUAGUCCAAAUUCUGAUAUUUAUCAACUCAGCUGUGCAGCAGUGGAAUAACCCUAGCAGUAUCCCUUCAUAUUUGCAUCCGAACCAGCUCCCAAACCCUAACUUUGGUGAGAAAAGCAGUCUUAUUUGGUUUUUUGUGGAGUUACAUAUUAGCAAAAAUUGCCACAGAGUUAAUUUAGAUGGUAUUAUAAUACCCAAGAUCCAUUACAUUGUUACACUUUUUUUUUAUCCCAAGACCUUCUUUGUCUCAACCUCACUGAAUAAAAAUACUUGGAUAUAAAAAGAGAAAAGUACUACUCUAAAGCCUUCUUUUCAAAUUCAUCCAGCAAUGCCUCUGUUCACUGCCUGUAACGCUAAGAUCUCAUUGUUAUCGAUGUAUUCCUCAUGCUGCCAACUAGCAGAAAUAGUUUAGGACUUGACCCAUUGCUUGAGCAAUCAUUAAGAUGGUCUUCAGAUGGUUUCAACUGCUCUCAAGACAUGAGACAGUUAUGUUGCUCUGUUUCAUUCUUUGUGGUACCAAGCCGUGGUUAUUCAUCACCACAGAGGAAUCUUACCAGCUAUUUUCAACAGAUCUGAAAGCAUCUAUGGUUGCAAAAGUAAGGGACUAAUAAAUAGUCUUGAUCAAAGAGAUUUGGCAAGGCUGCCUGAGAUCACUGUUGUACACUAACUCUGCAUUCAUUCUGCUCUCUCAAGCACUGCCUUCCUCAUGACACAAGCCUGCCAGCUGAAAGGAUCUUUGCGCUGGUUUUGUGGUUGGAUUUCAUGUGCACUGAAGAUAAUGAGGGAAUAACGGUACUGAUCACCUCUAUUCAGAUAUGAAUUGCUGUUCCAGAGAUGAAGGACUGGCAUAUUCUGUCCCUGUGCCAUCUUGUAUAAUGAUGUCAUCCUGUCCCUAAAAGACCUCUGAUUUUGCCGUUGAGUUCGUCUUAUAGCAGCCACACUAUACAUUGAAUGAGGUAGCUUUACCAAGGAGACCAAUAUUCUUAGAGAAUAUUUGUGGGUAAAUAAUUAGACUUUUAAGAUCAGAGAGGGAAAUUUCUAACUCCGGUCCCAUGGUACUACUACAGUGAUUUUUUCUAAAGGCAUUGGACAGAGAAAUCCUGAAAAGCUCCGUGCAUAAUGUAGCAUUAAGUUAUUAAAUUCAUAAAACAUGUGGAGAUAUAAACUUAAAUGUGCCAAAAAAGAGCAGAAUUUAGCGUAGGAGUGACAAAUGCCCAUCCUGUGUGAAAAAUAAGUUACAGCAAAAAUACAGACAACAUCGCAUUUCUUGCAUUACUUUUUAAAGUAGCAAUGAGGAAUUAAAGGAGAGAUCUUAUUUCAAAGCUGUGUAAAUUGUAAUGCCAUAUUGUUUAACACUAAAAUCUCAGUCAACAACAGGAACCUGCUUUCACAAGUAAUGAGUUUCCCUAUUGCCUGCUAUGAAUUUGCAUGAUGGCUAAUGAGAUAUGGGUGUGGGUUUUUAAGGCAAAAAUGCUUUGAUGGAAACCUUGGAUGUAUUGAGCCUCUGAAUCUGCAUUUAAGAGGUCAGCACUUAAAGAGUACCGCUAAAAUCAGUGGGUUAAUCUGCAGGUUGGAGCCUGGCAGAUUGAAACUCCACGUCCUUAGAGGAGUAAUCUACUGGAAGUUAGCCUUAGUUAUGCCACAACUUAAUAAUAUCAUUAUUGAACAAUAUAAUUAUUACACAUUGGAAGGAAAUAUCUGCUGCUAACCAAAAUACAAUCAAAUAAGUAAAGAUAGCUCUUAGGAUUUUCUGCCUAGUUUAGGUUUUGUAACAUUUGUGCAUCAGAUGCUUUGCUGGGUAUGUAGAUGUCAAAGCAGCUACAUUCAUUUAUCUCCAUGAAGGACAUGGAUCUCUUUUUGCAAGGACAUGAAUAGACUUUUUAAAGGCAUUUAAUUCCUGCUGAAAGUCAACUCACUUCCCACCACACAUUGACUUUCAGUAGAAGUCAGGUACCUAAUUCCCUUAGGCAAUUUCAGAAUCCCAGCCAUAUAUUAGGUUUUGAAUCUAAGCUGACCUGACAGUGUCCCUGAAAAGUUCAAACACUUGGAGCAAAGUUUCAGUGCUGCAGCACUCUAAUAGCUGAGUUCAUUUAUCUAAAAGCCUUUUAUGGUGAAAGCUUUGCAUCAACCAAAUAACACAAGCAAUGUUUACAGUUUGUUUGAUUUAAUCUUGGCCUUUGACAGAUUUAAUUAUAUUUGACACAUUUAUAAAUUAGAGAACAAAGAGAAGGUAAGGCUGGACAUGAAAACCAAACCAGCUCCAUUUCUCAGACUGAAUUAAUCAAGAGAAAGAGGUCAGGUUUGGAAAAAAGCUUCUUGAUUAACAUUAUAUUUGAAUAAAGUUUCUCUGGAGAUGGAGGGUAUUAAGUAGUUCGGGUGACUCCUUUCCAACAGCUGUGGAAGUGGAGCUGUUUGUGUGACCUGCUGGUGUCCCCACUCUGGGAACAGAAGCUCAGUGAGCCUUAGCUGAGAGAAGGGUCAGCAUUUCAAGUAAUACAGUUGGCAUCUCUUGUUGUUUUGAUUUAUAUUACUAACACUCGGCUUAUAUAGUAAUUUCUUAGAUUCUUCAAGAAGUAGUGAAGUUAUUUUGUCCAAUUUCAUGUACAAACUGUGGAGAAUCACCAAGUGUUUUCUUUCCCCUGGGUAGAAAAUACUGCCAAGUACAAUGUGCCUAUUUGAGAAUGUUCAGAGUAGUUUUUUGCUUAAUCCAGGAAAUAAGAAUGCAAUCCCUUCCCUGUUCUGUAUUUUCCAAACAUCUAUGAGCAACAAUGCCUACACAAUACUCUGCUUACAAGGUCACAAUUCACUAGGAAAAUUAAAGCCAUUGCUCAUCAAUGUGGAUGAACACAGUCUUAUUUUUUAUUAGAUUUAAGAGAAACACAGUGUGAACACAAAGAAUGGCACUUCAGGUCCAAGUAGUCAGAAGCUUUUUGAUAUGACCUGUGUUUAAAGAGCUGUUUCAUGUCAAACCAGAGAAAAACCCUGUCACUGCAGACUUUUAAGGGCAUUAGUAAAUGUAAAAACAACCUUGUGGAAUAGAUGCCCUAAGUUAUACUCUGGUUUUCUACAGUUUCACUCUAAUUGUUGCCUGCAGUUUUUAUUAUUUGAAAUUAUUUGCAAUAAUAGAAUAAAUAAUAUAAAUCUGCAAAGAUUUUGAGAGGCGUGAUAGUCAGAUAUGUUUUAAAUAUUUUUUUCCUCAGGCUGCCUAGCUUUUUGUAAAGGGGAACUUUGAUGAAAGGCAGAAUCAACUCUUUCCAAGCAAGGAUACAGUUUUUGGAUUCAAAUGGAUUUCCUGUUAGGUGUGCAUGCAGAAGCUCACAGAGAGGCAAGAUAGCCUAGUUUUCAAACAUUAUCUUUUGAAAUGUCUUUCAAAGCUAUUCCCCUUUUAAAGACAUAGAACACUGUCAGUGUUUACUUUUUGUAGUCUUAUCUGAGAAAACUUAACCUUGCUUUUUGAUAUAUUUAGAAGAAACAGAUGCUCAUGAAGAAAAAUGAAAAUAACCUUACAUAACCUUUACAUGUAUCUCUUGGAGCUGCUGAAAUCCUCCUCUUUAUCCUAACUUGAAGUUUACAUCAGAGUUUAAUUUCUCCAGCUCACCAAAGAGGUUUGGUCUUACUAGUGAAUAGCCACAGUUCAAAAACAAGAACUCUAAAGUUGUAUUUGUUCAUCUUUUCUAAAUGCUGCAAUGUGCCCGUGGGUGCCAUCUAGUCUCCAAACCCUUUUCCAAAGCAAGCCUAGCUAGUUCCUGCCCUUCUCUGUGCAAAUAUCUGUCAUUUACUGGGCAAUGCUGCUUCUGCAGGUAGCAAUCUGUUCGCAGUGUACUGAAAGUGCCCUUCUCAUAUGAAAUACUGACCAGCACCCUGUACCAAGAGAAAGUCACAGCCCCUUCUCUGAGCUACUGCAUUUAGGCAAGCACUUAGCUCUAAGUUAAACACAUUUCUUCAUAAAUAGCAUUCAGGUAGCUGCUUUUCUCAAUCUAAUACAUAGCAGAUGAGUAUUUUGAUCCCUAGGUAUCAUUGUUGUUGGCACUCUUAAUUGAGAUGGCAAGGACUGAAAAGGUCAGUCUGUCUGCCCUAGGCUCCUAGGCAGGGUCAUUAAUCACCCUUUUAGCAAGCAGCUUAUGGCACUGUGGCUUGGCUCUGCACAUUGGAUGUGCAGAGUUCUCAGGAAUGGAUUCUGAUCCACUGAAAUCAAUGAAGACUUUGCUUCUGGAUUCUUUAUCUGGCAUUUUUCACAAGAAUUAAUUCCACUUCACAAAAUAAUCCAAAGAAAUGUGACUAGACUCUUACUUUACUUUUACCACCAGAUGCAGAUGUGCAAAUGCUAAUUCUACUCAUGCAGUACCGUGUUCUGUGCUAAGUUAUUGCCCAGGGACCAUUAUUUGGUCUACAAAAUAAUAACCUACUUCUGAUGAAGACCUGCUUUAGAUUGAAAGUAUCCAGAUUAUUGUCUCUAAGAAUUCAUUUCCUCAGCUGAAAAAACUGUGACAAAUAACACAUUUUCCAUGAAAAUUCAUUCUGUUCUACAAGGGUAGAUUUUGCUCUGUCCUGACUGUUUGUGUCAGCUCAUUCUUUCCCUCAGCUUUCUUCUCUCAGUCCACACCUGCAAGAUCCUUCUCCCUCCUUUUUUUCUUUCCAUUUAUCUUUAUCUCAGUUCAUCAAAUCUUUCUGCUAGCCAAAUAUACCAUGGGGUUUGUCUCUGCUGAACAUUGCACUGGGAAGUGGUCUCUGUCAAAAAAAAAUCAGAGCCAUACCUCAUUUACUAAAUGGAAUGAUAAAGAUGUGGUUUUAUUAUUUUUCAUUCAUAGGCAUUUGAGUGAAAUUUUUUACACCAGUAUCAGAGGCAGUGAUAAGAUAUUCUUAAAGCAUUUUUGAUGUCUUAUGGAAGAAAAGUGCAAGGGUUCAGACUGCACAUAUGUGCCCAUGUGUCUCUGCUCUCUUUUACACAUUGGCCAGUUUCCAAAAAAAUUACCAAAAGAGAGGACAUCUCACACAGAAUCAACAUCCUACCCCUUUUGAUAAAUGUUGGCACCCCACCUGAGAAAAGGUCUGAGAGGCAGGCUCGCAACCUGUCAGAUACAAGAAAAGCCACACAAAGCAAGUCAGGAGGUAAAGAAAGUGAGGCACACAGAGAGACUGAUGUUCUGAACGUUCCAUCAGCUGAGAAGGUGUCAAACAGAGCUUACACCUCCUCAGACUUGCAGCAUAGAUCCAAAGGGUAAACAGCAAGUGUAGUGAUAUUUUAGCACCUCUAAAAAAAAAAAGAUCCCUUUAUUCUGUCAGGAUUUUAUUCACAGCUCUAUCCCUGCUCUUAGCUCUUCUACUUCUUGGAUGUCUAAGGCUUAAUAAAUUUGCAUAAAUAACCAAAACUACAGAAAUAUUUCACCUGAUUUGCGGAAGACCUGGUCCUUUUUUGACACCAUGUAAUAGGUCUGUGCAAUAACAAGAAUUAUAAUCCCCAAACUACAGCCCAUGAUGAUAAGAAAAUGGAGAACUUUGUCAAGCUUUAAUGAAUUUCAAGUGUUAGAGAUUUUACAGUUGUCCCAGUCAACCUAUUGAAGAACAUUUUAAUUUUAAACAUAUUCCCAGAUGCUUAAUUUAAUUCUCCCUUGCUACAGCUGAGGCACAUUGUUUGCAUUUGAGCCAUGCUGAAUAUGGAGAACAGAAUAUUCCCUUUCUUUUUGAAAGGGAGGUAUUUUUUACAGUAGCUCAUCUCGGUCUUUGCUAUCCCAGACUAGAAAAAUACCCUUCCAUAUGUGACACUUUCUAUAGUUGCUCUACCAUGCUCCAGACUGUGCUUGAUCCUUGGUCCACUUUUUAUUUUCCUUUCAAGUAUGGUGCUCAAAAUCAGAUACAGUGACACAGAAAAUAUGUUGUUAAUAGAGCAUGGAACAGCAUGAUUAUUUUCCAUAUCUUGUCUACACAUCCUGUUCCUUUAGUUUCUGGGUUGGUGCUUGCUUGCCAUUUUAAACCACUGUAGAUUCAUCUUCAGUUUUACAUGUGCCAUCAAUGCCAAAUUCUAUUCUUGCAAAAUUGUUACCCAAACUGUAGUGCCUCCAGUUAGUGCCUAUGUACCAUUUCAUGUAUUGUUGUUGAAUAGUUUCUAUUUUUUCAGACCCCUUUCCCAUAUCCAUUUUUGUUUGAAUCCUAGUCCUUCAGCAUCUUUGCCAUAACUGACUGCCUGGGGUCAUCUGCAGACUUGAAACUGUGUUUCCUAUCCAAGUUAGUAAUAAAAAUAUGGACCCAGAGCAAGUUUUGCAAAAUCUUCUUCAAGUUUGAAACUAAACUACUGCUCUAUACAUACUGUUGUCCAAACAUUGUUUCUCAAUCAAUUUUACUCUCAUAUUGUGUUAAUUUCAUCAAGUGUAAAUGACAGUAAACUGCAAUUGCAAUAUUGUUAUUCCUGAUGUUCAGAUAUGAGCUAGAAUAGAUUUAACUUUCAGAUCCUGAUGGAAUUUGCAAAACUGAUUAGUCGGUGGAAAAGUGGUUAAAAUUUAAAAUCAGACAAAAGUGAAUCUUGAUUUGCCAGGUCUCCAACAUAAAACUUCACUCUCUUCUUUUACAGUUACAUAUUAUAAAAUAAUUGUGUGCCCAGAGCUACAGAAGUAGAUGAAACUAAUAGAAAGAUCACAUGGAAGAAUUCAGUCUGAAAAAUACAAAAGUGCUUUGGCAAUAUAUGGAAGAACUUGAGCUGUUUUUUUUCCUCCACAACAUGUAUUUCUGUUCUACAGAUUAAAAUAUAUUUUAAAAAGUGAAA